AUGAAGCCUUACAAAGAGCUGGAGCGGGUUUUUACAAAACUAUAUCGCUAUGGACAUAUGUUGUUGUUGGCGGAUUGGGAUUCGCAUACAAUGAUGCCCUGCAAGGGUUCUGACGCACGUGGCGCUGCAAUGGCGGAGCUUCAGUUGCAUAUGCACGACACAAUCACCGCUCCCAAGAUACGUGCUCUUAUAGAAGAAGCUGAAAAGUCGGUGGGAGAUCUUGAGAAGCUACAACGUGCCAACCUCCGUGAGAUGCGCCGAGCUUGGGAGCUAGAAAAUCUUCUUCCUGAAGAGUUUGUUGAGCGAAAAACGGUUCUCACGACAAAGGCUCACCAGGUGUGGAAGACGUGCCGCGAGAAAAAUGACUUUGCGGGAUUUCUCCCGACAUUGAAGGAGCUGAUUGCACUUUUCCGCGAGGAGGGGAAAUUGCGCGCUGGCAACUCCGGCAAGCACCCGUACGAGGCACUGGUGGACAUCUACGAGCCUGGUAUGACGCUCCAGCGACUGGACGAGAUCUUUGGCAAUGUCAGGUCGUGGCUGCCGGGACUCCUGAAGGAGGUGCAGGAGAAACAGAAGGCACUUGGCGAGACCGUUUUGGAACCCAAAGGUCCGUUCCCCGUUUCAAAGCAGGAGGCACUCUGCCGGUUCUUCAUGGACGUGUGGAAGUUUGACUUUGAUGGCGGGCGACUGGACGUCAGCGCGCACCCGUUUUGUGGGAACUCAAAGGAGGAUGUGCGCAUCACUACAAAUUACACUGAGAACCAGUUUGUCACGAGCCUGCUGGGUGUUAUUCAUGAGACCGGGCACGCCAAGUAUGAGCAGAAUUGCGGUCCCAAGGGAUUUGAGACUCAGCCGGUGUGCAUGGCACGUUCACUUGGUGUCCAUGAGGGCCAGUCGCUGUUUGCCGAGAUGCAGAUCGGCCGCUCCGGUGCCUUUAUGGAGUUUCUUGCCCCGAGGCUUGUAGAGUACUUUGGCGACCAGCCGGCCUUUACUUCUUCCAACAUGAAGAGGGUGAUCCAACGUGUUUCCCCUGGUCUGAUUCGAAUUGAUGCCGACGAGCUUUGCUAUCCGCUGCAUGUCAUGCUGCGCUAUGAAAUCGAGCGCGAUCUGAUGGACGGGAAUAUUGAAGCGGAGGAAGUACCGAGGGUAUGGAAUGAGAAGAUGAAGAGCUACCUUGGCCUGGAAACUCUUGGCAACGACAAGGAGGGUUGUCUGCAGGAUGUGCAUUGGUCAGGAGGUAUGUUUGGGUACUUCCCGACGUACUCGCUAGGUGCAAUGGUGGCUGCGCAGCUGAUGAGUUGUGUCCGGAGGGAGCUCGGUGAGGAGGUUGUGGACGAAUGCAUCCGGAAGGGUGACCUCGGUAAGAUUCUUGCGAAGCAGAACGAGAAGAUUUGGCAGCAUGGCUCUUCGCUGACAACUGACGAACUGCUCAGGCAGGCCACUGGGGAGACUCUGAAUCCUGAACACUAUCGAAGGCAUCUUGAGCGCCGCUAUCGCGACGAUAGGGGAUAA